AUGCAUUUUCCCCCUAGUCUCACCUACCCCACCUCCUCUCCUCACCCCGCCCCAGACACGCCUCCAUCCAUCCCACCCCUCUUUCAGGCCAAUCGUAGCCUACAGGCCGGGCAAGACCGAGACCGAGACCGGGGCAGGAUUUCACUCUCAGUACCCCUGGCGGUGCCCCCAGCUCCGGAAGCCCUCUGCCUGACUGCAGGGCUCUGCCAGGUGAUGGCGGCCCCGUGGCGCUUCCUGCCACGCCAGGCCUGCUUGAACCUCGCCAGCUCUCCUUCUGCGAGGGCCCAGAGUCCUGCACUGCGGACCGGAUUUUUUUCACUUUCCUUAGCUCCACAUGCUCCCCAAGGUCUUGCCCUUCCCCAAGAUGAAGCCCCAGGAAACCAGGUCCUGGCAGUCCCUCUUGAGAUGCCGGAGACCAAGGAUUUGGUGUCAUUUGAUAUUGUGCCGUGGCACCUCACCGAACAGGAGUGGCUGAGUCUGAGUCUGAGCACAGAGCAGCAGGCACUGACAUAUUCCAGGGCUGUAACCUCCAUUGGAGUUCCUGUUGUGAGUCCUCCUUUGGUAUCUCAUCUAUCACAAGGACAGGUUCUGUUGGUAUCAGACCCAUUCCUCAGCACAGAUCACACAGAAAAUCCCUCUGUGACCUCCCACCACAAGAUGGAUGAAGAAGUCCAGCUGCAAGAUAUGGCGUCGACGAGCUCCCCGAGGGCCCAUGACCCCAGCGCUGAGGUCAAACAAAAUGGGAACUCUGGGGGAAGGGGGAGUAGCCCACAAAAUCUGCCCAUAGAACACCAUUUUGCAUGUAAAGAGUGUGGGGAUACCUUCCGCCUUAAAGUGCUCCUUGUUCAGCACCAGAGGGUUCACAGUGAGAAGGGCUGGGAAUGUGACGAUUGCAGGAAGGUCUUCAGGGGGGUGUCAGAAUUUAAUGAGCACAGGAAGAGUCACCCAGCUGUGGCUGCUCAGCCCCGGCCUGGCCCCAGUUGGGCUGUGGAAGAUGCCUUGGAAAAGAGGGAGCAAAUGGAGAGGGAAGCGAAGCCCUUUGAGUGUGAGGAGUGCGGGAAAAGGUUUAAGAAGAACGCAGGCCUUAGUCAGCACCUAAGGGUGCACAGCAGAGAGAAGCCCUAUGAUUGUGAGGAGUGUGGGCAGUCCUUCAAAGCCAACACCCACCUCUUUCGACAUCAGAAGCUUCACACUUCGGAAAAGCCCUUUGCGUGCAAGGCGUGCAGCAGGGAUUUCCUGGACCGCCAGGAACUUCUCAAGCACCAGAGGAUGCACACAGGCCACCUGCCCUUCGACUGCGACCACUGCGGCAAGUCCUUUCGUGGUGUCAACGGCUUGGCAGAGCACCAGCGCAUCCACAGCGGCGCCAAACCCUAUGGCUGUCCUCACUGCGGCAAGCUGUUCCGGAGAAGCUCGGAGCUCACCAAGCACAGGAGGAUCCACACGGGUGAGAAGCCCUAUGAGUGUAGCCAGUGUGGCAAAGCCUUCCGCCAGAGCUCCAGCCUGCUGGAGCAUGCACGAAUCCACAGUGGUGAGAGGCCUUAUGCAUGUAGCGAGUGCAGCAAGGCCUUCCGGGGGCCUUCUGACCUCAUCAAGCACCGGCGCAUCCACAGUGGACUGAAACCCUAUGAGUGCGACAAGUGUGGCAAGGCCUUCCGGAGGAGCUCAGGCCUGAGUCGCCAUAGGCGGAUCCACAGUGGGUCCAGGCGCUGUGAGUGCAGUGAAUGUGAUCGUGUGUUCAAGAGACACUCAGCACUACAGAAGCACCAGCCCACCCACUGCAAGUAGACACUGCCCUGGGACCUAUAGCAGGGGUCUGCAGAGGCUUUGUCCCAGUCAAAGGAGAUGAACAGUUUUGUGGCACCUAUCUAUUUUAUUUUGUGAGCAGUUGAAAUGAUUUGUACUUCCACCAGCAAUUUAUAGAUGUUCAUGUUUCCCACUACACCUAUUGAGGGUAGCUUUUACCAUUUUAACAUACCUUGGCUGCUUUUCCCAGCAGAAAGUACUGUCGAGGUAUUUUAAUCUUCACAUCUAGAAUGAGAAGAAAAAUCUGCAUAUAGGGGUCUAGUAGGGAGCUGGGAGGUCCUUUCCAAGUUCCACCCCUGAGGGAAAUACACCACUAUUCAGUAGCAUCAAUAUGGUAAUGUACCUUUCUUGAAAGGAAAAUUGCCCCAAGGUUUUGGCCUACUUGAAUUCAUAAAAUUUUAGAGAUGCAAAUAGAUCAAAUGCCAUAAUAUUUAAUUUAUUAAUUUAGUUAUAGAUACAUAUUGUAAAUCACAUUAUAUGGAAUAAUAUAUUAAUUUAGAGAAUACUCCUUUCACCAUAUUCCAUUUGUGCAUUUUUGAUCUCACCAACAUGGGAACCUGUUUGACUCAUCACUUACCUCUGUUUGAUCUAUAGUAGCACUGUGACAAUCCCUUCAUGAGGCUCUCACCAGAAGUUUCCUCCAAUCCAUAAGAACAUAUUCAUAUAUUACAAUCAUUACUUUGUGUCUUUAAAUUAGUGCUGUACCUACAACAUGACCACUUCAAAUGGUCUUUUAAAAGGCCUUUUUUUUUUUUGCAUUUCAAGCAUCACUCUUGGAUCUCAGUUCUAGUAAAACUUACUGAGAUGGAGAUAAACCCUUUUUUUCUACCAUUUUGUUAAGCUAGUUUAAUUCAGUGCCCCCUAUGAACACCAAAAACAAACAUCAGUUGGAGUUUGUGCUCACAUGCUAUCAUCUUGUUCAAAAUAAAGUGAAAGAGUACCCCCAAAUGAGAGGGACAUCUUCAGGACUUGAAGGUAAAAUGACACCUCCUUCACCCAAUAUCAGACUUCAUAAAUAUUACUUCUCCAACCUUCCAUUUGCAGCUAUGAAGUGAGGAGUAGUCACAGUCCCUACCUCUUAAGGUUCUCAAGGAGUGUGCCUUGCCUGUAAGAACUCAGUGAAGGUCACACGAUGACAUCCCAUAGCUCAUUAGUACCAGAAACAAAGAUGGACUCCUCAGGCCUCCUGACUACUGGUCUCAUCUUUCAUACAAUUACUUCAAUACUAUUACUGUUUUUCUUACAUGCAAAUUAUCUGUUCAUCUCCUUUGACUAGUUAUCAAGUUACCUUUGGAUAUAUUGACUUUAUAAAGUAGUUCUUCUAUAUCAAUUGUCAUGUUAUUUUCCUAUUUUUAUUG